AUGGCCUCUUCCGUUCCCUCUACCGGCUCGGCCAAGGUCGACGCCGUCGUCGAGAAGGCUGCUGCCGCCGCCCCUGGCCAGCUUUCCGGCCUCGCCCUCUACUCCAGAUUCGCCCUUGCCGGUGCCGUCUGCUGCUCCGUCACCCACGGUGCUCUCACUCCCGUCGAUGUCGUCAAGACCAGAAUCCAGCUUGACCCCGCCACCUACAACCGCGGUAUGAUCGGCGGCUUCAAGCAGGUCAUCCAGAACGAGGGUGCCGGCGCUCUUCUCACUGGCUUCGGACCUACCGCUGCCGGUUACUUCCUCCAGGGCUCCCUGAAGUUCGGUGGAUACGAGUUCUUCAAGCAGCAGUCCAUCAACGUGAUCGGCUACGAGAACGCCGUCAACAACCGCACUGCUGUCUACCUCGCCUCCUCCGCUGCCGCCGAGUUCUUCGCCGACAUCGCCCUCUGCCCCCUUGAGGCCACCCGUAUCCGUCUCGUGUCCGAGCCCACCUACGCCAACGGUCUCAUCGGCGGCUUCAGCAAGAUGCUCAAGAACGAGGGUAUCGGUGCCUUCUACGCCGGUUUCGGACCCAUUCUGUUCAAGCAGAUCCCCUACACCAUGUCCAAGUUCGUCGUCUUCGAGAAGGUCUCCGAGGCCAUCUUCCGCCAGUACCCCAAGAACACCCUCUCCGACAGCGCCCAGACCGCCGUCAACCUCGGCUCCGGUCUCAUGGCCGGUUUCGCCGCCGCCAUCGUCUCCCAGCCCGCCGACACCAUGCUCUCCAAGAUCAACAAGACCAAGGGUCUCCCCGGUGAAGGCACCACCUCCCGCCUCAUCAAGAUCGGCAAGGAGCUCGGCAUCCGCGGCUCCUACACCGGUAUUGGUGCCCGUCUCUUCAUGGUCGGUACCCUGACUGCCGGUCAGUUCGCCAUCUACGGUGACCUCAAGAAGGCCCUUGGUGCCACCGGCGGUGUUGAGAUCUCCAAAUAA